CACCGGCCGGGGGGCUGCAGGGCUGAGCCCUGCUGAGCUCCGCGGAGCCCGCCGAGCGGGCCAUGGGCGACCGUGAGCGCAACAAGAAGCGGCUGCUGGAGCUGCUGCAGGCGGCGGGCACCGGCAACGCGCACUGCGCCGACUGCGGGGCGGCGGAUCCUGACUGGGCCUCUUACAAGCUGGGCAUCUUCAUCUGUCUCAAUUGCUCCGGCGUCCAUCGCAAUUUCCCCGACAUCAGCAAAGUUAAAUCCGUGAGACUUGACUUCUGGGACGACAGUAUUGUGGAGUUUAUGACCCACAAUGGGAACCUCCGCGUAAAAGCCAAGUUUGAAGCCAGAGUUCCGGUUUUCUACUACAUCCCCCAGGCCAAUGACUGCAUGGUCUUAAAGGAACAAUGGAUUCGAGCUAAGUAUGAGAGACAGGAGUUUAUGGCUGACGGGAAAACCAUCCCACCCCCAGGUAACCGAGAAGGAUUCCUAUGGAAGCGGGGAAGGGACAACGCACAGUUCCUAAGAAGAAAGUUUGUCCUCCUGGCACGAGAAGGCCUCCUGAAAUACUACACUAAGGAAGAGGGUAAAGACCCGAAAGCCAUCAUUAGCAUCAAGGACUUGAAUGCCACCUUCCAGACAGAGAAGAUAGGGCACCCCCACGGGCUGCAGAUCACCUACAGGAAAGAGGGACACACCAGGAACCUGUUCGUGUACCAUGAAAAUGGGAAGGAGAUAGUGGACUGGUUCAAUGCCCUCCGUGCAGCCCGCCUGCAAUACCUAAAACUGGCCUUUCCUGAAAUCCCAGAGUCGGAGCUCGUGCCCCUCCUCACCAGGAACUACCUCAAACAAGGCUUCAUGGAAAAGACUGGCCCAAAGCAGAGAGAACCUUUUAAGAAAAGGUGGUUUGCCCUGGAUUCCCAGGAACGGAGGCUGCUCUAUUAUAAGAACCCACUGGAUGCUUUUGAGCAGGGCCAGGUUUUUCUCGGGAGCAGUGAGCAGGGGUAUGAAGUAUAUGAAGACCUCCCCAAGGGCAUCCGAGGGAAUCGCUGGAAAGCUGGCCUCACCAUUGUCACCCCAGAGCGGAGAUUUGUCUUCACCUGCCCCAGCGAGAAGGAGCAGCACGAAUGGCUGGAGAGUUUGCGGGAUGUCCUGUGUCGCCCCUUAACACCUCUCAAUCUCAUCACCGCAUCAGCAGAGAGUGGCCGCAGCAGCAGGUGACCCAUUGCUGAGGAACUGGCUGGCCACUGACCACUUGGAGCACCUGGUGGGAAGAAGUCCUCACCUCAGCCCUAGUUGCCCAGCUUGUGUCUCACAGCCAGCAGCCAUUCCUGGCAGUGAACUCUACCAAGACUGAAGCUGUAGCUUCAACUGUCAGCUCCUUGGGUCUGCCCCACUGCCUGUCCCUAAGGAUCUGGGGAUCUGGGACACAGGUGAACACUUAUACUUUCUCCCCAUAUAUGUCCAGGCUUGAAAUGUCCUUAAGGCCCAGAACUCUGGAGGUAUGGCGUGCAUGCAGAGUAAACAUUAAAUAAAAGGACACAACAACAACAAGGCCAGAGCUUUCUCACAUCUGAAAAGGAGGCAUUGCAAUGAAAAGGCACCCACAGUAGCGUGCAAGUGGCAUCUUGCUAACAACAACAAAAAAAUUAAUCUAACCAUGAGGAAACAAUCAGACAAAACCACAUUCUGCAAAACAACUGGACUGGACUCUUCAAAAAAUGUCACUAUCAGGCCGGAUGCAAUGGCUCGCGCCUAAUCCUAGCACCGUGGGAGGCCAAGGAGGAUGGAUUGCCUAAUCUCAGGAGUUCAAAACCAGCCCCAGCAAGAAUGAGACCCCCGUCUCUACUAAAAAUAGAAAAACUACCCAGGCAUGGUGGUGCAUGCCAUAGUCACAGCUAGUCGGGUGGCUGAGGCAUGAGGAUCGCUUGAGCCCAGGAGUUUGAGGUUGCUGUGAACUAUGACAUCAUGGCGCUCAACUGAUAGCACAGGCUAAGACUCUGUCUCAAAGAAAAAAAAGUCAAUAUCAGGGAAGUUAAAAUAGUUGGGAACUGUUUGAGGUUAAAGGAGACUAAAUAUGGCAACCAAAUGCAAUUCUGGACUGGGUGCUGGACCUUUUUCUUUAAAAGGAUAGCUUAUAAAGGACAUAAUUGAGAUAAUUGGAGAACUAUGGAUGUAUAUUAGUUAACAUAUUGUAAGAUAUUAAUAGACUGUUAAGAUUAUGACAAUUAUGCUAUAUUUGUAUAGGAGAAUGUUCUUAUUCUUAGGACAUACAUGCUAAAGUGUUUAGGGGUAAAAUGUAAUGUCUGCAAUUGAUUCUUAAAUAGUUCAGUAAAAAAUAAGUUCAUGUGUACAUGCAUUUGCACAGAGUACAUCUAUACGUAUGUAUACGUGUGUGUGUGUGUAUAGACAGAGCACAACACUGCAAAAUGUUAGCAGCUGAUGAAUCUGAAUGAAUCAUAGAUGAUUGUUUAUUGUCCCAUCUAUGCAAAUUUUAUAAAGAUUUGAGAAGUUUUCAAAUUAACAAGUAGGGGGGAAAUAAACAUC